GCCCUCUGCAUCCAGGCUUUCUCCAAAGAAGAAGUUGGAAACAAUGGAUGCAUUCACCGAAGAAGAAAUGGCAGUCAGCGAGAGCGUCGGAUACCCAAAAGCCUACGCGAAGCUCUGCCGCGACCGCCGUGUCAGUCCCUACAGUCAUGGCCCUCCUUUCACUUACACCCCUUACAGUCUGGAGCAAGAUGAGGCCUUGAGGGCAAGGGAUUUGGAUCAGAUGUUCCCAAUUAUUGACCCGAAAGCUAAACCAACAGCGAAGCCCAAGAUCUUUGUCAGUCUCCUGUGGAAGCAGCUCAACCACCUUGGGAAUGCUGGCUUUGACCCUACAGUGAUUCGAGUCGAUCCGUAUGGCAAUGUUCUCUACUAUCAUGCUGAUUUGGCUUCUCCUCUCGCUUGGGAUAUUGAUCAUUGGUUUCCUUGCUCAAGGGGAGGGCUAACUGUUCCAAGCAAUCUGAGAAUAUUACAGCGUCAAGUCUGCAAGAAUAAGCAUAAUAAGCUGGAGUUUUUGAUCCCAUGGUGGGAAUUUCAACUGGGUAUCUCUGUAAACCAGUUCUUGUCCAUUUUCGCCUCCAAAAACUCAGAUUUGAGGCACAGAACAUUUUCAUUUUUGUUUUCUGAAGGUGAAAAUGAAGAAUUGAAUGCUUCGCAGACAGUAGAUUCACAUUCUUUUCCACAACAUUUCAUCGAAUCCAAAGAGAGAAUUGGCCUUGCUCCUGCCGCGAUUGUUGUAUCUAGAAGGGAACAUUAUGACACAUUAUCAGCCUUGAAACCACUGGAUUACAAUAGGCAUCUAAGGCCACAGUCCCCUGCAAUUGCUGCAAGAAAAGUAAAGCCUAAUGUCUUGAAAGAAAAUGAAAACCCGGACUUUGUUACGAACCCAUACCAAGCAAUUGUCAUGGCUAGAGAUUCCUUGAAACAAAGAGAAGAAGCUGUAAAGAUGCAGACAGAAGUACAAAAGCUAGAUGACGAAGUAAAUGAACUGAAGCAAAAGAAUGAGGAGGAAAAGCUCGCCAUUCAAGACCUGGAAUUGGUGCUGAUAAAACGCAGGAGAAGGGCAGAAAAGUGUAGGCGACUAGCAGAGGCACAACAUUCAUAUAGGACCAUGCUAGAGAAGAUGAUUCGAGAUGCAAUGCACCAGAGUGUCAUUUAUAAGGAGCAGGUGAGACUGAAUCAGGCUGCAAGUAACGCACUCAUGGCAAGACUUGAAGCACAGAAAGCAAUUUGCGAUGCCGCAGAGAAAGAACUUCACAGGAAAUAUAGACAAAGAGAUGAGAUUGAGUUGCAGAUCAGGCCUGACUGGGAGCAAGCAAGGAAGAGAUCAAGAAUGGAUGAUACCUUUUUUGAAGAGAGGGACAGUAGAACCGUUCUUUGUUUACCAGGAAUCAAGCCACCAAGGACGCCUUUACACAAAGAACUGAGAGUGUUCCUAGAGGAGGAACAAAGGGCAUCUGAAGCUGGUUUAUCUCUUGAAGAAAAGGAAAUUGAGGAGGAACUGAAAGUACCUGCAAAAAAUAUUAUCAAGGAGAAGCCUGAAGAACGUAACGGAUUAAUUGUUGCCUUGGAGGAUGAAAACACACUUGAGGAUAAACUUCAGAAACUUGAAAUAGGAGAAGGGAAGAAAUUUAUCAUUCAAUUCCCAGCUCCUCGAGAGCCAGAAAUAGAGGAAGAUGAAGAGAGCAGGAAGCAGCGUGGUAAAGGGAAUGUAGAGAAAUGGCUACAAAUGCUGUUAGAGAAUACUCAAGAGGAGCUGGAUCCUCAAAAUAUGAAUGAGAGCAAGACUGAUGAUAUGAUCAGAAAACUGAAUCAAAAGUACCCACAAAAGGAGGUAAAGAUUUCCAAUCCUCCAGAAUCUGUAGAGAAGGAUGGUGGUGUCAAGAGGAUAGAAGAAAUCGUUGAGAUAGAAGAAGCUAGAGACGGAGUACAGAAAGAAGAGAGCAAUGUGGGUGGUAUUGUUGAGGGAAUUGGAAGUAGUAGCUUUGAGGUGAGGAGGGAGAGAAGGGACCAUAAUAAUGGAAAGGAAAGAAAGCUUGUGAGGUCCGAGAGUGCCAGGGCCUUUGGGCGAAUUCCGUCCUCUCCAUCUCUGAUCUUGGGUAUGAGGAAGGGAGUGGACUGCAUAGGCAAGAAGCCGAUGGUAAGUGGUGAUGAUGAUGAUAGUGAUGGAGAGCAUGCUGCUCGGAACAGUUUCAUCAAGUCAUCCAUAAGGACGAUCAAGAAGGCAGUGAAAAUAUGAAACUCCACUUGGCAUAAUGCAUAUGUUUCUGUGUCUUUUUCUUAAUUUAUUAAUUUUUUUUUUAAAAAAAGAGUGUUAGGGAUUGCUCCUCAAGCUGAAUAAUUGUGUGUAGGUAUUCGAUUGUUAUUUAUUUGUCUAUAAGAAUGGAUGUGGCUAGAUAUUUGAUAA